CAAUCUAGAUUUAGAUUUUUAAUUGUAAACAAUUUAGUAAAUUGAAAAGUUAUCUAAUCCUUGAAUAAUCAAUAACAAUUUAAACCAAUGAAGUUGUUUUUUUAUCUCUCAUUUUUUGUAACAAUUAACAAUUUGGAAGUUAAUUGUUUCGAUUAUCUGAGUAGUCAAUUCAUCGCGGUAAUUUUUUCAGGAAGUUGUGAUAAUAUUUGUAGUGGUGUCUUUUUGUCCGAUUCCUUGGUACUGACCACUUCAAAAUGCGCCAAAAGUCCAGAGCCCGAGUUACGAGUUUAUAUAAAUCUGGAUAGUUAUUUACCUGAUUGCAAUUGGAAGGACAAUUUAAAUCCAGUUAAGGAGAAAAUGUUUCCACUGAAAGACGAGGAAACGGAAAUAGAUCACAACGAUGAACUCGACAGGCUAAUCUUAUUGCAAUUACAUGAGGGAGUGACUAUUGUUGACACGGUGAUUCUUCCCGAUCAUCUUGACUCUGAAGAUGAAACGAUUGAGCGGGAAUUUAUUUUAUAUUUUUUGGGCUCUAACGGGCGUGCGACUUUCAAUCAUGUCGAGUAUGAUGACUGUCCCGAUGAUUUGGUCUGUGGUACAUUGACCUUACCCGCUGAUGAGGUAAAUCUGGAAAGACCAGGCAAGAAUAGAUAUUGUGCCGUUGUCCCUGGAUUACCGCUCAUCUCGUGGUCAAGGGAUGCAAAUGGAGUCCUGGAAUCCGUCUUGGCUGCAUUGAUAACUGGUACUAAUUGUACAUUCAAUUCAAUGGGAAAAUUUAUCCCUUUCGUGGAUUAUUAUGAAUGGCUCAAUGAAAAGGUCAUCCAAUUGACCAAAGAUGAGGCAUAUGAGGAAUUCAGUUUACCUUUCAACCAUUCGCCAGCCAUUGGUGGGCCAACUGGACCAAAUCACCACCAAAUAAUAACUGGUAAUGGUCAAGAUUAUCAUGGAAACUACAAACCCAACUCAUAUUCAACCGAUGAACAAAAUGUUCCCGUUAUUCAUCUUGAUGCUGAAUCGAUGAUGAAAUUUGUACCAAAUUGUAUUAGCGAUUCUUUUGUCGAGGACAAAAAUCACCUACAGGAUGGUAAUUGUAUCUGUCAAGUUCAAGAGAGACAGUUGAACAUAACCCUUGACCCUCAGGCAGUUUUGUCAAUGAAAAACCAUAUGACCUACACCAGGAAUGAUAUUAAAAUCGAUAUCCACAAUAAUAAUAAUAAUAAAAAGGGCGGCAAAGGUGCAAUAAAUACUGGAUAACAAUUCUGCCCCUUGGCCCUCAGAAUCCUUGACCUCUUGAUUUCAAUCAAUGUCAAGGGUCAUUUGAGAGAUUCACAAUCUGUGACUAAUAUGACAAUCGUUUAUUGGUCUUAACUGUAAAUCUAUCUGAUGAUUAGUUGAUUUGGAAAUAAUUAAAUUGUGAUUGAACAAUUUUACUUGUUAAUUGUAUUUCGUUGUCAAUUUUAAUUGUAAAUAAAAAUUGGGACAAUUUGAGAUAA